CGGAAACUAACGGCGACGGAGUUGAACAAACGGAGCUGACAGUUGCACAUGAAAGGUGUUUAGACCUCCUUUAGUAGGCGUUUUCUAAAGGUAUCGACCCGGUUACAACCCAAAUACUCGUGUCGACUUCUAAAAAGGAGUGACUUUGAGUUUUAAACAUGGUUUAGCUCGCAGCUAACGUUUGCUACCUAGCCAGAUAACGUUAGCACUCGGUUGCCCCUAACAACCGAGAGGAAGCCUAACAGCCAGCUAACGGCCGCAGUUAGCAUUAUGCUCUAUCACUGAAUAAAAGCUACUCGGUGUUUUGUUCGGGUUAAUUUAACUAUUUAGUAGUUUGACUGGUAUGAAGAGAUAAUGGCGGAUGACGGUAGAAGAGGAGAUGAAGAUGAUCGCGGCCCAGGUGCAGUUUACCAGGUGUUUGUGAAGAUGGAGUCUCUGCUGGAGAAACUGAAGCUGUUAAACUACGAAGACGAAGUUUUACACAAACACAACAUGAAGAACCUGUCAAGACAUUAUUUCGUCUCCAGUCCAUAUCUGGGGUUGAACCCAGGUGAGCAGUUCUACAUGUUCACCAUCAUCGCAGCAUGGCUCAUCAACGCAGCAGGGAGGCUGUUCACCGAGCCACAGGAGUACGAUGAACCCAACGCUACCGUGUCCAACAUCCUGGCAGAGCUCAGGGCUUUUGGUGUGAAGGUGGACUUCCCCCCCUCCAAACUGAAGUCUGGAUCAGGAGAAUACAUCUGCUUCGUGUUGGACCAGCUGGCUGACAAAGCUCUAAGCAAGAGAGGGUUCUCCUUCAAAAAGCCAAUCUACCCAACAGAAAGCACAGAAGAAGAGUCAGUAAUGGAGGACGAUGCAGAGCUCACACUCAGCAAAGUGGAGGAAGAGAUGGUUGAGGAGCCUGAUGAAGAGGAGGAGAACGUGGUGGACCUGGAAGCUCUUAAGUUAAGAACUACUCACACCGAAACUGAAACGUCCUCUAAACCAGAUGAGAUUCUGGAGUCGACGGUGGAUGCAGCAGAGUGGAACCUGGAGUUGGAGAGGGUGGUGCCACAGCUUAAAGUCACUUUCAGGACAGACAACAAGGACUGGAGGAUCCACGUGGACCAGAUGCAUCAACACAGAGACGCGAUCAAGUCUUCAUUAAAGGACACAAAGAGCUACCUGGACAAACUGCAGGAGGACAUCGGUAAGACUCUAGAGAAGGUGAGCAGCAGAGAGAAAUACAUCAACAAUCAGCUGGAGCAUCUGAUCCAGGAGUAUCGCAACGCUCAUGCUAAACUCAGCGAGGCUAAGGAGCGCUACCAACAGGCCAGUGGAAGAGUUACUGAGAAGAUCAGAAUCCUGGCAGAGAUCAGUGAGGAGCUGGACAAGGUGAAGCAGGAGAUGGAGGAGAAAGGCAGCAGCAUGUCAGAUGGAGCUCCAGUGGUGAAGAUCAAACAGAGCCUGACCAAGCUGAAGCAGGAGAUCGUUCAAAUGGACGUAAGGAUCGGUGUCAUCGAGCACACACUGCUGCAGGCCAAACUCAGAGAGAAGUCCAACAUGACACGUGACAUGCACGCCACCAACAUCCCAGAGUAUGCUGCCGGGGAUGCCUCAACCUUUGUUUAGGUUUACUUUCAUACAGGAGGCCUUCACUCAAGUUUACCUCCAUGCAGGGGCCUUUUGUAAGGGUAUACCUCCACCACAGGAGGUUGGAGAUAUACUUGCUGUUUCACAACUGCACCUGUCAUAAGCAUUCCAUAUAUGGUAGCCUAUAUGUGAUGCUUGUUAAUGGAGGAAGCAUCUAGUGUGAACACAGCAGAGCUGAGACUGUAUACAUGGAUGGAAAAAAUGAACAUCAAAUGUCAUUAUUUUCAAUUUUCAAAUUUAAAUAAAAUAGCCCAACACAGCAGUUUUCUUGCCUAGAAACCCUUGUAUUAAUCAUUCAUAAGUGUUUUAUCAUGCUUUUAGUUAGUAACAGGCAAUCUGACUUCGGCAACGUCAGGCAGACAGCCUCGCAGCCCCCCCAGGAGGUCCUGGACCCCAGGUUGGGAACCAAUUCCUUAGUGAAUGUCUCGCUCAUUGGUUUUCAUUAUGUCAUAAUAUACUCUUUAGGUUUGUCCAUCCAUUUAUUUUCCAUUCUUCUUAUCCCAUUGGGGGUCGCUGGAGCCUAUCCCAGCUAUCAUUGGGUGAUAGGCAGGGCACACCCUGGACAAGAUUUAAUUUUGGCAGCUAUUUUUAAUUUAGUCUUAGUUUUAGUCUUUAAAUGAAAUGCAUUUAAGUUUUGGUCACAUUUUAGUCAUUUCUAUCCUUUUGAGUUUUAGUCUAGUUUA